AUGAUCUUCACAUCGGCCUCCGAGCCCGUCAAGGAGCUCCCCGACAACCUCGACGUUUACGGUUUCAUGUACGAAUACUUCCCAUCGACUCGACCCGACAUGCGCAACACAGGCCUCCCACUCUUCAUCGAUGAAGAGACGGCUCAGAAGUGGAACUUCGAAGAGUGCAAGGAGAACACUGACCUUCUUUCGGUAGCGUUGGCAGAAAGGUGUGACAUCAAGCCUGACACUCGAGCAGGUAUCUAUGCGACCAACAGCAUCUACUUCCCCAUUGCGGUGUGGGCUACACACCGCCUCGGAGCCACCGUCUCUCCAGCCAACCCUGCCUUCAUGGCAAAAGAGCUUAGCUUCCAGCUCGAAACUUCCAACUCGAAACUUCUCUUCGUCAGUGAAGAUCCUGUCUCGCUCAAGAACGGCUUCGAAGCAGCCAAGCUUGCCAACAUCCCGCGCGAUCAGGUGGUCAUCCUCCAAGAGCCUAUCACUGUGCUCAAGUACUCCGAGUCCAACUAUGGCCGAGUACAGCGUAAAUCGCAAGGCGCAUGGACGUUGGCAGGUCUAAUCGAGGAGGGUCGCGAUAUCGUCAAGGCAAAAGGCGAGAGCGUCCUUGCAUCGACCCGACACAAGUUAAAGCCAGGAGAAGGCAAGACCAAGAUUGCUUUCCUUUCCUUCUCUUCCGGUACAACAGGCUUGCCAAAAGGCGUCGCAAUCCAGCACUACGCCGUCACUUCGAACGCACUUCAGACUAUGGCGCACAACAAGGUCGGCAAUAAAAUCGGUUCGCCUGGACGCUUCUGUCCAGGCAAAGAUGUCUCUCUUGGCGUCCUUCCGCAAGUCCAUAUCUUUGGCCUUUCAACGGUCACGCAUUUUGUGUUUUUCGCUGGUAUAACGAAUCUGGUCAUGAGCAAGUUCAGAGGCAUAGAAGCGAUGGUCAAAACGAUCAUCAAGUAUAGAAUUAGCGUAUGGUGGUUGGUCCCACCACAAGUUGUCCUUUUCUGCAAGGACCCUAGCGUGCCACCGUACCUUGAUGAACUCCGGAAAAUCGCAAGAUUUGCCAUGGUGGGCGCAGCGCCCCUCUCGGAUGAUCUUAGCAAGCAAUUUACCAACAGAUUCCCAGAGCUGGAUUGGGGACAGGGAUCAGGAAUGACAGAAACUUGCUCAGUGACGACAAUGUUCCCUCUUGCUGAGAAAGCAGUGUUGGGCUCUGCUGGAAGGCUAUUCCCCAACACUGAAGCAAAGGUCGUCAAUUCGGAAGGCAAGCAAGUCGGCUAUGAUGAAUUGGGAGAGCUAUGGCUUCGAGGUCCACAGAUCACACUCGGCUACACAAAUAACGAACAAGCAACAAAGGAGACUUUCCUUCCUGGUGGGUGGUUGCGUAGUGGUGAUGAGGUAAAGAUCAACAAAGAUGGCGACGUGUUCUUCAUCGACCGCCUGAAGGAGUUGAUCAAGGUCAAAGGCUUCCAAGUCGCUCCUGCCGAGUUGGAAGGCUUCCUGCUUGAUCACCCUGAUGUUUACGACUGCGGUGUAAUCGGAAUCCAAGAUGAAGCAGCGGGCGAGUUGCCAUUCGCCUUCGUUGCACUCACCCAAGACGCAAGAAAGCGAACCAAAUCGAAUGGUAAAGAGCAAGAAGAGAGCAUCAAGCAGUCCAUUCUCAAGUUUGUUGCUGAUAAUAAGGUUCGAUACAAGCAUUUGUGCGGUGUUACAUUGUAA